AUGGCGGAAGAAGUAGGAUCCUUUUCUUUUGACUCGAUUAAUAGCGAUGGAUAUUCGAUUAAUUUGAAUGAAAAUGAAGCUGCUGAAUCAAAUAUUGAUACUCCGAAGGUAUUAGACAGAAAGAGAAAUUUAAUUUGUGCUGAUGAAGCUCUACUGUUGUCCUUAAAAUUUGCAUAAAUUUGAAUAUUUAUAAAUACAGUGUUCUGUAUGUAUUUAUCCCAGAGUAUUUAUCCCGUGUAUAGACUAAUUUUCCAUUUAAAUUCUGUGUGAUUUUGAUAGACUAAUCAACGAUUGAAGCGGUGCUUAUCGUGCAAUGGUGUAAGUGGCCCAAGAGGCAAAAAACAAUGUCGUCCUUGUAAAAGGAAAGAAGAGAUGGAGCAAAUUGCGAAAAUGGGAAUGACAAACCCAUCAAAACAAUUUGGUAUGCUGACAAAACUGGUAAGAAGAAUUCACUAUCUAUUCACUGCGGCACUGUCACGGUAUUUUUAAAUACAGUAUUAAUUUAUGAAAAAUGUACUAGCAGUAUGAAUACAUUUAUAGAUAUUUCAAAUGUUGGUUUUACUUCUAGUGUAAGCAUUUAUGUACCGGUAUUCAAGAUGUAGGUGAAUAUAGUGUAAUUGUAAGGGGCCACGUCCAUAUUCAGUCGUAUUUUGACUUCACAAUACUAAAGCUGUACUGUGAUAGCGUCGACAAGUUCACAUAAAAACCCACCCACUCAUAAUGUCAAUUUUGAGUUUGCAGGGCUGUAGCUAGACCGAUAAUUGGAGGGGGGGUGCAUAUUUGUGUUUUGCCCGACAGGUUUUUUUUUGGAAGUUUUUGAUUUUACAGUAUGUGAACAUGAAUAUAUGAAUAUACACCACCACCUCACUCCUCAAUUAUUGCAUUUAGCUACGGCCCUGGUUAUUUGUGGCAACAUGAAUAUGGACGCGGCCCCUAAUGCCCUGAAAAAUGUGGAAUGUAUAUUAUGGUAUCAGUCAUACUACCUUCCCAUAUAUAUAAAUAUAUAUAUAUAUAUAUAUAUAUAUAUAUAUAUAUAUAUAUAUAUAUAUAUAUAUAUAUAUAUAUAUAUAUAUAUAUAUAUAUAUAUAUAUAUAUAUAAAAUUUGGCAGCUAAAAUCCCACAGUUUCCUGUCUAUUUGCAUAACAGUUAUCCAAAAUGUAUAGGGCUUGUACCUUGACAGGCUUUAUUUUAACCAAGGCUGGAUUUUGGUGGAAUUGUUGGGGAGGUGGAAAAGGUUUAGGAGAGGAGCAGCGGUCCAUAUUAUAUACCCCCCAUGAAAUGUUACGGGUUUAAUAGAAAGCCCCCUCCAUCCCCCAAAGUCAAAGUAUGUGUCAUUAUGACUGUAUAUACUCAUCCAAUUUUGUGCUUCAUGGCAUUACUACAAAGUUCUUUUUAAAUAUUACAUUAAAAGGGUGCUUGAAUGCCUUAUCACUGUUUCAAUCAAUUUUACAGAAAAACUUCCUUUCUUAUGAUAGACCAAAUUUGACUCAUUUUUAUGUGUUCAUUAGGGUCUACCGGUGUUCUACCCAUGAUUAAGUUGCAUUACUUACAUUAAGGUGUGGCCUACUUUAUUAUUUUACUGACUUUACUCUGUACAUAUGCUGUUUCUGUUAAAAGUUUGCUUUGACAUUUAUCUUUAAUCCAGGAUUAAACUAACUCUAGAUAUGCAGGUUCUCAUAAAAAUGUUAAUUGGGAUAUAUAUAUUACAUUGUGUUAUUGUUCAGGCCUUAAAAUAUCUUUUCCAGGGCCGUCUGACAAAAUGUCCGGUGACGUUGAGUUUGGGUCGGACAUAUGUCCGAUGACCUUCAGUUCAUUUUUGACUCGGAAAUAAGUCUGAAUGACACAAAUGAAUAAAUGGUAAAUGUUGUAAAAAUAUUAAAUAAUUUGUUUCUUUCAUACUUAUUUCCAAGCCAAAAUUAACUUGCUUUCCAGAACAGCAGUAUCAAAAAGACUUCGACAACUUAAGCCCGUUUUCCACUUCACCAUUUCGCUCGCCGCCCCGUGCUCGACUACGUUAAAACAACAUUUCCAGUUGACCUUAUUUUGACCUUAUUUAACAUUUCCAGUUGACAUUUCCAGUUGACAUUUAUUUUAUACAAUAGUACUCUGAUUUUCACAGUUUUUCACAAUAGUACUCUGAUUUUAACAGUUGACCUUAUUUAACACUUCCAGUUGACAUUUCCAGUUGACAUUUAUUUUAUACAAUAGUACUCUGAUUUUCACAGUUUUUCACAAUAGUACUCUGAUUUUAACAGUUGACCUUAUUUAACACUUCCAGUUGACAUUUCCAGUUGACAUUUAUUUUAUACAAUAGUACUCUGAUUUUCCAUUUAACACACAAGCCUCUAGUCCUGGGCUAGGGUACAUUUUGAUUUACGUCGGACAAAGCUACAGUUCGGUCGGACACCAAUACACUCGGGUCGGACGAACAAUAAACCUCAGUUUCACCUAGGUCGGACAGAAUGUCCGGUGGUUUCCUCUCUACGUCGGACAAUUUCACGAAUGGGUCGGACAAUGUCCGUGACCGACCGAUAUUUUAAGGCCUGUUGUUCACUUGGUAAUAUGAUAAGGAGAAAAUGUUCUUGAGUGAGAUAUUUCAUAAUUUGCAGACCGUGAAGGCAGAAAACUUUGCCUGCCACUGUUUCGAACCUGCACAGCCUUAGAAUUACUAGAUUGAUGAAUUACUAGAAUUACUAGAUUGAUGCUCUAGUAACUGAGCUACAUGGUCUGGACUCAUCGAAGACUGGAAAUUAUGAACUUGUAUUGUUUGAUACAGCUGAUCAUUAAUAUUAGGGGUGCACCGGAUUUCAAAUCCGGCCGGAAUUCCGGCCGGAUUUAACGAAUUUUCCGGCAUCCGGUAUCCGGCCGGAUUUGGAGAAAAUCCGGCCGGAUUUAAAUUUCUGUUUUCACCUUAAAAAUUCACCAAGAAUGGGAUAAACCAUCAAUUUGGCAGCUUUAGAGUUUAAAAAACACUUAUAUUAUUAUAAAAUAUUAAGUUAUUAACAAAAAAUAUUUAAAAAAGGUUUAAUAAACACAAUCAAAAAUCUAAACUGACACUAACUAAAAAUAGUAAAAAACAUAAACCGCCAUUUUGAAUACUGAUUUAUCCACAAUUGUCCCCAUUACCGGUUUAUUUUAAAUCCGGCAAAUCCGGCCGGAAUUCCGGCCGGAAUUUUUGUCCAAAUCCGGUAAAUCCGGUUCCGGCCGGAUUUGAAAAUUCCAAAUCCGGUGCACCCCUAAUUAAUAUUUCUGUAAGUCUGUCAAAAUAUAUUGACAAGAUUUUGACAAGAUGUUGGAAUUACUGCCAUUUUGUUUCAAUAUUACUGAGCUCACUCCAAUCAUUUAAUAGAAAGUAAAAUUUAGGUUUCUAGCUAGGGUUUGCUAAUGUAGUCCAUCAAGAUAUUAAGUUGAUUGGAAACAUAAUGACAUAAGAUAAUUGAAUUAGGUUGAUACAUUUACCACUCUCAGAAGGAUGGAAAGCCCUAACUGUUGCAGUUAGUUAAUUUUAUAAUUAGUGUCUAAACAUUCAGGGCUGUACGCAGGAUUGUUUCACCAGGGGCAGUAAGGCCUAUAUGCCGAAAAAAGUCCCAAAUAUCCGAAGUAUAAUUAAUAAUGACAUUCUAAAAAUCGUAAAUAUGGUUUUCUCUGGGGGGGUAGUUGCCCCCUUGCCCCCUUGCCCCCCCCCCGGUACGGCCCUACUGUAAACAUUAUAUUUAAAGUGGCACUCGCGUCAAAAUUUUUAUUUUCUUUUCUUUUAAAACUGUAUAGUAACUUGUUUUGAAGAUUUUUGUUCCCAUGCUUAGAUAUUUCAUUUUGUUUGUAACCAUGUGUGACUCAAUUACAUAUAUAAGGAGAUAUCAGUAAUUGUUGUGUAUCUUUGCUAUUUUUUAUGAAUUUGUUUAAAAAACAGUAUGCUUAAUGAUCUAGGUUAAAUCAACUAACGUGCGGCAUCUUUGCAAAUAUUUUGAUAAAAAUAUAGCAAAGAUUUACACAACAAUUACUGAUAUCUCACUAUAUAUGUAAUUGAGUCAAUGGCGUCACAUGGUUACAAACAAAAUGAAAUAUCCAAAACUAAGAAAACAAAAAUCUUCCAAACAAGUUACUAUACAGUUUUAAGAGCAUUUUCGUUGAAGAAAAUAAACAUUUUGACGCGAGUGCCACUUUAAGUAAGGGGUAAAACCGAACAAGCGGAAGAAGCUUCGAAGCACAGGAGUUUUCAAGCACGGGAAAUUGCUAAAUUUAGGUGAAUCACCUUGUCUCCAACCAACAGUAAGCAAGCAUAAUUCAAAAGUAAAGGCAGGUCAAGAUAUGACAGUUAAUCUGGUAUACUGUAGUGUGUCUUUAAAACGAGGUGCUAUUCAACUCACAGUAGGCAAUUAGCCUUUUUCACGGGGUACUAUCUCUCCUGCGUUUGAGAUUCUCCGCACCACGAAAUCAGGCCUUAAAGUAUCGGUCGGUCACGGUCAUUGUCCGACCCAUUCGUGAAAUUGUCCGACGUAGAGAGGAAACCACCGGACAUUCUGUCCGACCUAUAAGUGAAACUGAGGUUUAUUGUUUGCCCGACCUGAGUGUAUUGGUGUCCGACCGAACUGUAGCUUUUGUCCGACAUGUAAAUCAAAAUGUACCCUAGCCCAGGACUAGAGGCUUGUAUGUUAAAUGGGAAAUCAGAGUACUAUUGUAUAAAAGGUGAACUGGAAAUGUUGUUUUAACGUAGUCCAGCGCGGGGCGGCGAGCGAAGUGGUGAAGUGGAAAACGGGCUUAAGUUGUCGAAGUCCUUUUUAAUACUGCUGUUCUGGCAAGCAAGUUAAUUUUGGCUUGGAAAUAAGUAUGAAAGAAACAAAUUAUUUAAUAUCUUUACAACAUUUACCGUUUAUUCAUUUGUGUCAUUCAGACUUAUUUCCGAGCCAAAACUGAACUGAAGGUCAUCGGACAUAUGUCCGACCCAAACCCUACAUCGGACAUAUGUCCGACCGCAACACUGUAAAAUAUAUUUUAAGGCCUGGAAAUACGACUUUUUGGUAUUGUAUAUAGUUCUUUGUAUAAUUGUAAAUUUACAGUUACAACUUAAAAAGACGCUUUUCACGUUGUUUGAAUUGUCUAACCCAACCCUAGUUUUAACACCAUCUGACUGUUUUAUCUUUUAACCUACUUUUAAUUAUACCUCAAACUAUUAUGUGUUCCUUACACGAAGUAGUGACUUGACAAACCACAAAAAACCUGCAAAUUUGUUCCAUGGGAUAUAACUUCAUGUCACGCUGUUUUGUGUGAAUGAGGGUAAGGAUUAUGGUCAGCAUUCAUUAACAGCGACACAUGAAUCUAUAACACAUUUUGAAUUUAUAAAUCUUUUUGUAUCGUGCUAUAGCACAAAUAACCCAUAGACUUCUUAACUGCUUCCCAUGCAGCCUAUAGGAAUUCCCAAGUGUUUCUCUUCAAGGAGUGAUGUUACGGCAAUGUAGAGGAAAAGUUAUGCUUCGCAUAAAUGGCGUAUUAAUUGGCAGACUACAUGUCGGCCAUCCCUAAACAACUUCUAUUUUUUGUAUUCAGGCCAGAAUUCUCAACUACCAUCACGAUUGGCAUAUUGUUGUGUUCGUUUGCCAUAAACAUGGAAGAGGCAACACCUUCACGACGUAUGGAACUCCAGGAAUUGGGGAGGAAUUUAUUGGCACAGAAGAAAACCCUACAGCAACUGGAAAUGCUGUUUUUGAUGUAUUUCGUAAUUACACCAAACGUAUGUUGUUGUUUUUUUAAUAAAUAGCGUUUUGAUAUGGUAACAGAUUACAGCAAAGUAACGACUACUAAAUAGACAAAUUAGAUUUCGUCCAUGCAUGGUCAGGAAUGCCGAUAAAACUGUGUAAAAAGAUUUUGUUGACGCACACAACCACUUACACAAAAAAAUUAUAUUUAAAUCUUGCACAUGUAUUUGGAAUAUUGUUCAUGAAUAGUUUGAAUUUUUAGAGCAAUUGAGUAAAGAGGAAAAUAAUUCUACUGGCAUGGCAGCAGAAGCAACGACCAUUGUGGGACAAACUGGCACACACGGCACUUCAGAUAACGACGAUCCGUCGUCAAAAACACCUUCCGUAACUAGUCAAGUCCCCAAAGCACCUGAAACCACAAUCUCCUCUUUACCAUUGGUCCCACCUCAACACUGUGUCAGUCCGACUCACCCUCCAUCUUCAUCAUGUAAUCCACUUUCCAUAACUAGUCAAACCGCCAAAGUACCUCAAUCCACAGUUUCGUCUUCACCCUCGGAUCCACCUCAACAUAUCAAUUCUGCAAACCCUCCAUGUUCAUCGUCGUCAAUAUCCACCGUGGUACAAUCCUCCAUAACGACCAAACCUGCAAUUGCUGAAAGCACGCCUGCACGUACCCUUCCUUUUCAACAACCUGCGCUUCCAGAUCCACCAGAGGGUAAAUACAAUCUUACCACUAUAAAUGCAGAUAUAUGGCGCAGUCAUGAUUGAACAGGAAUUGUUUGGUGCAUUUGAAGAAAAAAAAACGUAGCCAUAUAGAUUAGUUUAUUACUAUUUCAUUUUAUCGUACACAACAUGUCCAAUGUUUGGAAAUCCGUAGAACAAAUAUUUACUGUUCCAGUUUUAGUAACUUAUUGUAGAUUCAUUUGUGAAUUUCUGGUUCUUACCAAAGCAAACAGGUUGUGUGCAAUUUUUAUCCUUUAAAGCUUUGUUAAUUAUAAUGUCCACAGCUAGUUUAAUCCAGGCUGUCCUUUCAAUAUAUUGUAUACAUCAAAAUUAAAAAACACAAACAUGGGUUGAGCCAAAAACGCAAAAAAAACAUGAUGUAGAUAUUAGGAAAUAUGGAUGAGGUAUGGUAGACGUAUUGUUUUGUAAAAAAAUGCUGCAUCAAAUGAGAUAUGCUUCCGCAAGUUCGGGGUUUUAUGAUUGUAAAGAUCAUGAUUCUAAAGAUUGAUUUUGAGAACUUGCUGAGGACAAGCUAUAUAUAUUUCGUGUAAUGCUUAUUACCUCCGCCAGGAGGUUAUGUAAUCAUCUGGGUUUGUAUGUGUGUGUGUAUGUGUGUGUGUAUGUGUGUGUGUAUGUGUGUGUGUGUGUGUGUGUGUGUAUGUGUGUGUGUUUGUCUGUGAGCACGAUAACUCAAGAAAUACCAAACAUAUCCGUACGAAAUUUUUUGAAUGCAUUUCCCAUCGGCUAAGGAAGAACUAAUUAAAAUUUGGUUGAAUUUGGUUAAAAAUUGAACGAGAAAUGAACAAAAUUUUGUCUUGCUUUUCCCGGUCAAUUAACAAAAAAUAUUACUGAAUGCGUAAUUAGGACGUGUAUAAUUUAUGCACUCAGUGCUAAGACAAUAAUGAGAUGAUAAACCUCAUUAAGCUUCGGCCUUCAUCAUCUAUUGUCUUAGUUGCAUUUCACGCGACCGAAAUUCAAUGUCUAAAACAAGGCUUACGGAGUUAAGCAUUAUUACGUUCAGCAAAGUGCCAGUCCAUUCAAAUUCUAACAACAUAAGAUUACUUCAAUACAGGGUGUAUAAAAAGAACGCAACCUCGGAAUUUCCCAAGAAAUCGACAUUGUUUUAAAGACAAAAGAUUUUAGCUGCCUGGGAAUUUAAAAUAGCACAACUGUGAAAAUUACUGCACGCGCGAGUGCAUAAAGUAAAAUUUAUGCAUUUAUUUAAUGACACUUAAUAAGUUUUUAUUUUACAAGUACUGUACAGCACAACAACUGUAAUAUGUUCUAUUAGCAAUUCGAUUUCAAUUCGCGGGGGCCUGAAAUCUUUUAUGCUUAAGAAUUGUAAAGUGGAUUUCUUAGGAAAUUCCAAGGUUGCCUUUCACUUCCGAGUAACGGGCGGAGGUAUGCAGUCUCUGAGUGCCCUCUAGUAUUUUGUUUGUUUUCACUUAGAUGCUGUAGUCAUAGUGGACAAAGGAAAGUUUGUUGGGAUGGGAAAGGUUGUGGACCUUCCCACAAUCCAUGGAGUUCCAGUACCUAAGAACCACCGCUGCCUUGUUCUUUCGUGGGCAACAGAAAACUACCCAGCACCUUGUCCAUUGGGGCGGCAUGAUUUAGACGAGAACCGUUUUUUGCAUCAAAACAUGUUCUAUGCUAUUCCAGACUCGAUGCUUAAACGUUUUCUGAAAAAAGAUAGCAAGUACUUUCUUUUACCAUUAAGUUAA